AUGGAGGAGGGCGAAGGCGGCGCGCGGGAGCCUGGGGCCGGGAUUCCCAGGGUUGAUCCAUAUGGAUUUGAAAGGCCAGAAGACUUUGAUUAUGUGUCAUAUGAAGAAUUCUUUUCUAGAUAUCUGGUGAUACUCACUAGAAGAGCAAUAAAAUGGUCAAAGUUUCUAAAGGGGAAUAAUGGGAUACAGAAAAGUUUAAAAGUGAAGAGAUAUAUCAGGAAAGGCAUUCCCAAUGAGCAUCGUGCGCUGAUCUGGAUGAUUGUAAGUGGAGCGCAGGCCAACAUGGAACAAAACCCUGGAUACUAUAAUAAACUACUUGAGGGAGAGAAAAAUGACAUGCUGGUGGAAGCAAUCAAGACAGACAUGAACAGAACAUUUCCAGAUAAUGUACAAUUCCGCAAAACUGCUGAUCCCUGUUUACAGCAGACACUCUACAAUGUAUUAGUAGCGUAUGGGCACCAUAAUAAAACAGUGGGAUACUGCCAGGGCAUGAAUUUCAUAGCUGGAUACCUGAUUCUUAUUACAAAGAAUGAAGAGGAAUCCUUUUGGUUGUUAGAUGCUCUCAUUGGACGAAUAUUGCCUGAUUAUUAUAGUCCAGCAAUGAUGGGGUUGAAGACCGAUCAGGAGGUCCUUGGAGAACUUGUGAGAAAGAAAGUUCCAGCAGUGGCAGAGUUAAUGGAUAGACAUGGUGUCAUGUGGACUCUGAUAGUGUCACGCUGGUUUAUAUGCUUGUUUAUUGACAUUCUUCCAGUAGAGACUGUUCUCCGAAUUUGGGACUGUUUAUUCUAUGAGGGAUCAAAAAUCAUCUUUCGUGUGGCCUUAGCAUUAAUUAAGCAACACCAAGCUUUUAUUUUGGAAGCCACAAAUCUCCCCGACAUUUGUGAUAAGUUUAAGCAGAUCACCAGAGGGACAUUUGUAACAGAGUGCCACACCUUUAUGCAGAAAAUAUUUACAGAACCUGGAAGCUUGUCCAUGGCAACAGUUAACAAACUUCGAGAGACUUGUAGAGCAAAGCUGGUUGCUCAGGGAUCAACCAACAAUAUUUAAAUAGAUGGAUAGUUACCACAGAAAUUAACACAUUCCUCUACUUUCAUUGCACUGACGGAAGCACAAUUUCUAAACUUUCCAUGAGUGUCAAUUGACACUUGACCAAUUUUUUCCUGCCUUUCAAGUAAGUGUUGUAAACAUUUUGUACUCUGUCAGUAAUCUGGUAACUUGAACCUUUUACAAAUGGUUUAGAAUAUUAUCAGAGUAGAAUGUGACCAAUGUGGGAUACUUCUUUAAAAAGUCACUACCCUUGUUUUUCUUCAGGGCAUUUUGUAAUGUCUGAGUAAAUAGCUGGAUAGAGCUAUAUGUACAAUUCUGUAUAUUAAUCAUAAAACCACAGCCAUUUGUACAAAAUAAAUUCUAUUUAUUUGUCGAAA